AUGGCCAAUGUUUCUGGUAACGUAACAUCUACACCUGCUGCAGUUGCUCCGCAAGUAGACCCAUGGCUUGGUCUUCGCGUUGGCAUCGGUACUGCUGCAUGUAUAGUUUUUAUACUUGGAUUUUUUGGUAAUCUAACCAUUCUCGUCACCAUUAUUAAAAAUAAAAGAAAAGGUAUGAACACCUUAAUGUACUACUUGAUCUGUAAUUUAGCAGUCUACGACAUAUUAGUCAUGAUUAUUUCGUUACCGAUGACUAUCGUCCAAGAUUUGGCAUUCUAUUGGGUUUUUGGUCCAGUUUUAUGCCGUAUUACGCUUGGCCUACCAUUUUUAUUUGCAGCAGGCUCAAUUACAACUAUGGUAGCUAUAGCUAUCGAUCCAUUUUCGUUUGCUUUGCCUUCUAUUAUUUACACUCAAUAUGAUACAUCAGUGCCAGGUUACCCCCAAUGUGGUAUCGAAUUUUCAACUGAUCCAAAUCAGCAAAUGGAGUCUUUACGAAUCUAUACGAUUGCGAUAUUUGUCAUCCUUUUUAUCACUCCCUUACUUAUUGUUGUCUGCAUAUACUCAUUAAUUUUAUAUGAGAUACACCGACGUAACAAUAAAGCUAAUCUUCACUAUAAUCGAGCCUAUGGUAAAGCUAAUCGCAAAACCAUUAAAAUGAUGUUACUAGUAUCGGUCACAUUUAUAAUGUGUUGGAUACCAUUAUUUAUUUGCUUCUUUAUUAUUGCGUACGGAGCAGUAACCAACCAAACUCGUAUAACUUUCUUCUUUAUUUAUGCUGUAAGCCAUUUAGUAAGUUAUUGCAACAGUGCAGCUAAUCCGUUAAUAUACGCUGGAUUUACCUCAAGAUUUCGAAAAUCUUUAUGGUAUGUGUUCUCACUUCAGAUAGUAAAAGAAAUCUCAGAGCACCGCUGUGGUUUGCAGUCACGAGAAACGAAGGUCAUGCGAUUAUCAGUUAGUAAAAGACAAAAAUCAGAGCACCGGCAACUUUAA